GUCAGUGCUGCUGUUUGAACAGGGUGGAGUUGGUGCAGUGUUGGUCGGGGUAGUUCUUGGUGAUGACAGACUGCAGCCUGGACUACAUCGAGCUGCUCCAACAGGAAGUCAGCAGGAAUCCUGGCAGGCUGCUGGAUGUGGGGAAGGAGGAGGAGCAGGAGGAACCGCCUCCACCCUGCAGGACCCUCUCAGCCCUUUGCUCCAUCCCCCGGCGGCUGGCCAUCUCAGCGGGCCUUGGGGGAACGCCGGUCACUCCCCAACUGACUGAGAGCCUGAGGAGGGUUCUUUUUGGUGGAACCUUUCAUGUCUUCAACUACGAGUGGAGGAGAUCCUUCUUCCAGUUCAGGGAGCCAAAGUCGGAGUUAUCGUACGCUUUGGAGGCCCACGGGGGUGGGGCUCGGGCCAUUCAGAUGGUCGUUCAGGCGCGCAUCAUUAAACACCUGCUGUUCAACCGAGAGAGUGGCUCAGGCGAACAGGCGCUGCACAGUCUGGGAGAAGUAGGACAGCAGGAGCAGGACAGGGCACUGGCGGCAGCGCUGAGCGACAGCCUCUGGUUGGCCGGCCAGGAGACGAGCGCCACUGUCACCUUGGUAACCGAAGACUAUUGCAUCACGCCUCACCUGGACUACAAACUGGACACUUUCACAGAGAGGCUGCAGCUCUUCACGUUCAGCAAGAAGGACGACGCCAGGAAGUUCAUCCUCGACCACAUUCAGUGUUUUAAGGAGGAGGGCAGCCAUGGCGUCAUCCUGUUCCUCUACAGUCUCAUCUGCUCCCGUACGGUCGAAAGGCUGAGGGAGGAUCUGGACUCUCCAACGUCCCACCUGCUGCACCUCAGCUUGGGCAACUUUGUCUGUCGUCAGGCUCUGAUGAACCUGCUGCUGACCGGCAGAGCUGGUCCACACGUCUUCAACGGGACUCUGUACUUCGGGCAGGACGGCCUACCUCUGCAACGCCCCCUGCAGGGCAUCCUGUCCCGCAGCGAUGUGGGAUAUCUGCACUGGAGCCGAGAGCAGAUGGAGCGAGGCACACUGCCGCAGGUGGGCAGCAUGCUGAAGACUCCCAGGUUUCCAGUCUGGGUUUGCUGCAUCAACAGCAGCCACUCGGUCCUGUUCGGCGUGAACCGCUCACUGCUGUCCGACUGGAAGAUGGAGCAUCUCUUCCAGCUGUACUACUACAACGGACAGAGCUCGCAGACAGCGACGGCCAGGCUGACAGUCGAUACUCACUCCCACCACUGGGAGGCGUCAUCCAGAGACGGAGACCCAGAAAAAAGGUUUCCUUCACUGGAAAUGACCAUCAGGACCAAGUGGGACGGAGCUGCCAUCAACUGGAACGACACCCCCCCCUUCUACUAAACACUGGCACAAUGGUUCCCCAAAGGCUGAUCUGGAGUCACCACAGCAUCCGCUACUCUGUUUUUAUGAUUACAGGAAAAUGGACAUUAGGAAGUCCAAACUCCACAGGACGAUCCAACCGAGCAGCUCAGCGCCGACACCUGAAUCCAAAGGUGCCUCCACAGUUUUUCAGGAGCAGUCUGCUGAUGAAGGUGAACAAGCCAAGGAAGCCAAAGCUGUGUGGACUACAAUACUGUGCAAAAGUCUUGAGCCACCCCUCAUCUCUGUAUUCUGCAGGAAACAGGAAAUAGGUGCAGAGAUUUAUCACCAUCUCCCCAAUGUUACACUUUUAUUCUCUGAAGUUCUGUCUGAUGUUCUAUCUUCUGUUCU